GAGGAAGGAGACCCGAGCAGGAAGAGCAGCCGCGAGGCAGCGGCGGCUGAGUCGGUGGUGGCAGAGGCGAAGGCGACAGGUCUGUGGGUUGGCAGCGGCCGCGAGAGCAGGAUGCGGGUCCGGAUUGGCCUGACGCUGCUGCUCUGUGCGGUGCUGCUGGGCUCGGCCUUGGCGACCUCGGAUGAAGAAGGCAGCCAGGAUGAAUCCUUGGAUUCCAAGGCUUCUUUGCCAUCAGAUGAGUCAGGAAAGGACCAGACCACCACAGGCAGAGUAGUUGCUGGUCAGAUAUUUCUUGAUUCAGAAGAAUCAGAACUGGAAUCUAAUAUUCAAGAAGAGGAAGAUAGCCUCAAGAGCCAGGAGGGGGAAAGUGGCACAGAAGAAAUCAGCUUUCUAGAAUCUUCAAAUUCAGAGAGCAAGAACUAUGAAGAACCAAAGAAAGUACGGAAACCAGCUUUGACUGCCAUUGAAGGCACAGCACAUGGGGAGCCCUGCCACUUCCCUUUUCUUUUCCUGGAUAAGGAAUACGAUGAAUGUACAUCAGACGGGAGAGAAGAUGGCAGACUGUGGUGUGCUACAACCUAUGACUACAAGGCUGAUGAAAAGUGGGGCUUUUGUGAAACUGAAGAGGAGGCUGCUAAGAGACGGCAGAUGCAGGAAGCUGAAAUGAUGUAUCAGACUGGAAUGAAAAUUCUCAAUGGAAGCAAUAAGAAAAGCCAAAAAAGAGAAGCAUAUCGAUAUCUUCAAAAGGCAGCCAGCAUGAACCAUACCAAAGCUCUGGAGAGAGUGUCGUAUGCCCUUUUGUUCGGUGAUUACCUGACACAGAAUAUCCAGGUGGCUAAAGAGAUGUUUGAGAAACUAACUGAGGAAGGCUCUCCCAAGGGACAAACUGCUCUUGGCUUUCUCUAUGCCUCUGGACUUGGUGUUAAUUCAAGUCAAGCAAAGGCCCUUGUAUAUUACACUUUUGGUGCUCUUGGGGGCAAUCUAAUAGCCCACAUGGUUUUGGGUUACCGAUACUGGGCAGGCAUUGGAGUCCUCCAGAGUUGUGAAUCUGCACUGACUCAUUAUCGUCUUGUUGCCAAUCACGUUGCUAGUGAUAUCUCGCUAACAGGAGGCUCAGUAGUACAGAGAAUUCGGCUGCCUGAUGAAGUGGAAAAUCCAGGAAUGAAUAGUGGAAUGCUAGAGGAAGAUUUGAUUCAAUAUUACCAGUUUCUGGCUGAAAAGGGUGAUGUACAAGCACAGUUUGAAUACAUUUUUUUCUUACAGCGAGCAUUUGACUACUUCAAUUUAGCAGCUAAUGCUGGCAAUUCACAUGCUAUGGCCUUCCUGGGAAAGAUGUAUUCAGAGGGAAGUGAUAUUGUCCCUCAGAGUAAUGAGACAGCUCUUCACUACUUUAAGAAAGCUGCUGAUAUGGGCAACCCAGUUGGACAGAGUGGGCUUGGCAUGGCCUACCUCUACGGGAGAGGAGUUCAAGUUAAUUAUGAUCUGGCACUGAAGUAUUUCCAGAAAGCUGCUGAACAAGGUUGGGUGGAUGGACAACUACAGCUUGGUUCUAUGUACUAUAAUGGCAUUGGAGUCAAAAGAGAUUAUAAACAGGCCUUGAAGUAUUUUAACUUGGCUUCUCAGGGAGGCCAUAUCUUGGCUUUCUAUAACCUUGCACAGAUGCACGCCAGCGGCACGGGUGUGAUGAGAUCAUGUCACACUGCGGUAGAGUUGUUUAAGAAUGUAUGUGAACGAGGCCGCUGGUCUGAGAGGCUUAUGACUGCCUAUAACAGCUAUAAGGAUGGCGAUUACAAUGCUGCAGUGAUCCAGUACCUCUUACUGGCCGAACAAGGCUAUGAAGUGGCACAGAGCAAUGCGGCCUUCAUUCUUGAUCAGAGAGAAGCAACCAUUGUAGGUGAGAAUGAAACUUACCCCAGGGCUUUGCUGCAUUGGAACAGGGCAGCCUCUCAAGGCUAUACUGUGGCUAGAAUUAAGCUUGGAGACUACCAUUUCUAUGGAUUUGGCACUGAUGUAGAUUAUGAAACAGCAUUUAUUCAUUACCGUCUGGCUUCUGAGCAGCAGCACAGUGCACAAGCUAUGUUUAAUCUGGGAUAUAUGCACGAGAAAGGAUUGGGUAUUAAACAGAUUCGAGAUAUGUUCACCCAACUUGAUAUGGACCAGAUUCUGGGACCUGAAUGGGACCUUUACCUCAUGACCAUCAUUGCGCUGCUGCUGGGAACAGUGAUAGCUUACAGGCAGAGGCAGCACCAGGAUGUGCCUGUGCCCCGGCCUCCAGGGCCACGACCAGCCCCACCCCAGCAGGAGGGACCCCCAGAGCAGCAGCCACCACAGUAACAUCCACCAUGUCCAGCCUUGAUCAGUGACAGCUAAGGAAGUUGUUUGCUGAGAACACUCGCAUUUGAUUUGAGACUUUGGAUCAGUGGUCACCUCCUGGAAGAGGCACAAAGAAGCAUUGAAUUCCUAAAGCUGCUUAGAAUCUGAUGCCUUUAUUUUCAGGGAUAAGUAACUCUUACCUAAACUAAGUUGAAUGUUUGUUUCAGUGCCAUAUGGAAUAACAGCUCUCAGUGGCUUUCCUUUUUUUUUUCUGGAAACUUGUGAGACAUUCAAAACUAAUGUCUUGAUCCUUUUGAUAAUUCUUUCAAUGUGCAUAAGUUCUUAUAUCAGCCAUCUUUAAGGUCUUGUGCAUCAACACUAAAAACUGAACAGUGUAAAAAGGAAAACCCAGUUAGUUGCAAGUUUACCCUUAAACACGUUUGAAAGUCAGAGAAUAGAACUUGCCUUUUUAGUUAAAAAAAAAAAAAAAAAGUCUUCAAAAUGUUUUGGAACUGCAAUAACUGAGAAGCUUACCAGUCCACCUGCAAGUAUACAUAUUUAGCAUAUUUGUUAUUUUAAAAGGAAAAAGGUUGGAAAGUUUCACAUGAAUGGUGAUUGUCACACUUUAUACCGUACUUCUCUUCUUCAAAGACUGGAAGACCUUGUUAAAGAGUUUUUUGUGAACUUCACUUCUUCGGAAUGGUAUAUAUACAUGUAAAACUUUGUGAGCUGAGUCCUUGCACUAACAUGAAUUUGCCCCACCUA